AUGUUAGUAUUUUUGAAUGCUUCUACUACUUUAGAAGCUACAUCAUCAUCAUCAUAUAGGGAUAACGUUAUUGAUCUUUUUAUAUUAGAAGAUUAUGAGGAAGAAGUAACAAAUUCACUAACUUCCCUUCAAGGUGAUGGGCUUAUCACCACUAAAACUACUUUUGAGGGCAAGCCGACCGAUUACUGGGUCUUGACUCAUUAUAAAAGUUCGAAUAUUGUGAAUGUCGCACUUAAGGAUGGAUGGCGUCAUUCGGAAGCAUCAGUGAAGAUCUUCACAAGCGAUAAAUCAAAAGACCAAUCAUUGAAUAGUAGUCUGAAUCAGACUAUGCAGGCCGUAUUCGAUACAAUGCUGCAGGAUCCAGAUCGCCGAACAAUAAAAAGCAAAAUAACAGUUUGA